GCUGAGGGGAUCGCAUCAGCACCGAGAAGCCCCCUUGUCUCUCCUCAGGGGGAGGGGGGGUGCUGAAGACAGCACACAAUGAGCUGCGCUUUUAAGCAUCAGAUGGAGCUCCGCGCUCAACGCACUUUUUACACUUUUCACACAUUCUGGCGGUUUAACUCAGGAAAAAUACAUUUUUGAAACGGAAUGUCACAAAUACGAGUCGCUCAAGUUUUCCGGGAAAACUGAAAUGACUUAUGUUUGUACUUGUUUUUAUAUACAGACAGGCACGCUCUACCUUUUAGUUGAGAUAUGAAGCAAUCCCAGCACUAACAGCAGCAACAUCUACUAAAGCUGUCCGCUGGUUCCCUCUGAAUGUAACCAGUCUACUAUUUCGCUUGUUUGUACUGGACGUGCGUAAAUGAAGGACAUCACUGCUGGGAUUCCCGGUUUGCUUUUGUGCUCCGCUUUUAUUAAAGAGAAAUGGGAGAAGAAAUCAGCAAAUGACGAGAAACAUGGAUGAACGUGCUGCAGAGGAAGAUCCAUGACAAAACCUUCCUAGUUGUAUGGACGCUGCAACGGUGAAGAGGAGAAGCUCACAAACAAGCUUUUAACACAGAGAACCAGGAACAAACUUUGCUGAUUGCCUUUUAUACAGCUGCCAAAAGCUAUAUGAAUAAUUAACAGUUAUCCACACGAUGACUAAACAUUUUUCCUCGUCCGCAUCAUGUCACUGUAAUGUUCUGGUUUUCUAAUAUCAUCAAAGACACUAGGCACAGCCAAGUUUCAGUGCAAAUCUCAAUUUAGAAGGCUUCACGUGGACUUGAGAACAGAUAAGAGAGAGACAACAAGCAAACCUUGUCUAUCUGUCGUCAUCAUCUUCCUACAUGCAGCUCCCCGCUUAGCUUUAUUGAAAAGGAGGAGCCCAUUAAAGCAUUUGAUAGAUAGGAAGGUUUGUUCUGAAGGUGGUGUUGCCAGCUGGCUGCUGGCUGGAGAUGAGAUAAGAGCACUGGAAAGAGAGAAAAGGAGUGCCAGUCUGACAGGAGCUGAAUACAAAUUAGAAUUUGUCUCUCCUGCAGCUACACCAGUGAGGCGAAUCAAUAUUAGAGAUGCCAAAUGAACAUAUUAGCCGGCUUCAAUUAGAGGAGCAUUAGUUGUGGAUGGAAUUAGAUGAUUGCUGAAGGUUGAUAUGAAAUUGCAAUACAGGGGACUGCAAUAUGAAAUAAGGAAGAUAAGUUUUCUUCAGCCCAAACCAACAGUGCCACGCCACUGCACAGCCCUCCUCAGUGUCAUGCCUGAACUGAUGUAAUGAGGCUGGCUUAAACCUUGAAGAACAAGAAGGUUUCAAAGCAGCAGAGGCGAGAUGGAGCUGGAUAAUAGCUCCCUGGACUACUUUACCAGCAACUUCACAGAUAUUCCAGACACCAUUACAACUCCACCCUGGAGCGAGGCCACGGUACUCGGUUUUCAGAUCUCCCUGUCUGCACUUUUAGCUCUUGUCACCUUAGCUACCGUGCUCUCAAACGCCUUUGUCAUCGCCACCAUCUUUCUGACCAGGAAGCUCCACACACCUGCCAACUUCCUGAUCGGCUCCCUCGCCGUCACAGACAUGCUGGUGUCUAUUUUAGUCAUGCCAAUCAGCAUUGUCUACACUGUCAGCAAGACGUGGUCGCUGGGGCAGAUUGUUUGUGACAUCUGGCUGUCGUCUGAUAUCACCUUCUGCACGGCCUCCAUCUUGCACCUGUGUGUGAUCGCAUUGGACCGCUACUGGGCCAUCACAGACGCGUUGGAGUACACAAAACGCCGUACCAUGCGCCGGGCGGCGAUCAUGGUAGGGGUGGUGUGGGUGAUCUCCAUAUCGAUUUCCAUGCCUCCACUUUUCUGGCGGCAGGCCAAAGCCCACGAGGAGCUGACUGAGUGCAUGGUGAAUACAGAUCAAAUCUCUUACACCCUAUACUCCACCUUCGGCGCCUUCUACGUCCCCACAGUGCUUCUCAUCAUCCUAUACGGACGGAUCUAUGUUGCCGCCCGCUCCCGCAUCUUUAAAACGCCGUCGUCCUCGGGGAAACGAUUCACCACAGCACAGCUCAUCCAGACCUCUGCGGGCUCCUCUCUCUGUUCUCUUAAUUCUGCCUCCAACCAGGAAGCCCACCUACACUCUGGCAAUGCAGGAGGUGGGGGAGGAUCGCCUUUGUUCAUGAAUAGCGUGAAAGUAAAGCUGGCAGACAGCGUGCUGGAGAGGAAACGUCUGUGUGCGGCCCGGGAGAGGAAAGCGACCAAGACACUGGGCAUCAUCCUUGGCGCUUUCAUUAUCUGUUGGCUCCCGUUCUUUGUGGGCACUCUCGUCACGGCCAUAUGUAAAGACUGCUGGUUUGAUCCAGUGCUUUUUGAUGUAUUUACCUGGCUGGGAUACCUGAACUCACUCAUCAAUCCUGUUAUCUACACCGCAUUCAACGAUGAAUUCAAGCAGGCUUUCCAAAAACUCAUGAAAUUCAGACGGUUUACCUGAAAACACUGUUGGAAAACAGAAAGUGAAAAAAGACAAAAAUCCAACAAGAUAAUAAAGAUAAUGGAAGCACUGUACACUUAAAUGUCCCAUCUUGUAAACCCAUGCUAAUUGUUAUAUGUUUAUGUUUUUUUAUAUCAAACAGCUCCGUGCCAUAGCUCUUUAGAUACCUACGGCAUAUCCUUCUUAUAGACUUAUGCAUGCAUGCUAAAAAAGAGAAAGUCUUGAUCCAGAAGAAUUGUGGCAGCAAGAGGAUUUGAAGUCUAUUUCAUGUCACGGGGACACAGCUGUUAUUUCUUGGACAAAGGCAGAGAUCAAAAACAAGGAUUGGUGGAACUGCGUGGAACGAGCAAACUCAGAGGGACUGGAUUUAAUCCAGCGGAAAUGAAAAGCCAUGAAAUAUUUGUUGUCUUAAUCUUUGCAUCAUUCUGUAUGCUGCUGCUCCCAUAUAAUGUUCCUGUGUACAGUAAAGAACUUAGAAAAGACUGCAAAACUCUAGAGAUUCCGUAUAUGUGGUCACAUACAGUAUGAAAUUAUAAGUGUUGCGUGUGUGUGUGUGUGUACAUGUAGUUAAUUUAAUGUAAUAUAUGCGUGUUUGGGGAAGAGAGCCUUGUCAAGUGGUUGACAUUUAUACAUGCUUUUCUCCAACGAGGCUUGUCUCGUCGUACAGAGACAGAAAUGGAAACAGCGUUUUCACCCUGCCUCUUAAUUUAAAAGUAAAACCAAUGCCAUAGCAACAAAUAAACCCCUUCAAAAAGAUUAUGAAAUGAUGUGCUCUGCAAAAAGGACAAGGUAAGAGCAAAUGAUCAGAGUUGCGGCUACUGAGAGCAAAAUCUAAUGUGUUUUUUUUUCUUAAUGUUUUACAGUUAUGUAAAGAUAAAAGAGUAUCAUUGGCAGAUGCUACAUACUUGCAAGAAAGGGUUAACAAUGUUUGUCUUGAUGGUGAACAACAAGCAGCUAACUCUCUGUGAAGUGUCUUUUAUUCAAAUAAUUCAUCAACAAGCAAAAUUGUUAGAUUAGUUAUUGUUUACUUAAAAUUACAUUAUUGUCCUCUUUCAAAUUUUAGUCCCCCUCGUUAGAUACAUGUAUCAAAACAUUGGAAACCCCAAAAAUCAUGUUGAUUUUCCCAGGUGUGAGCUGCAGAAAUAGUAAACUGAAUAAUUUAGCACCUUGACAUGAGUUUCUGUAAUGAAUGAUACAUCAGAUAUACUGUGAACAGCCACUUUUAAUGCAAGAGACAUUCAUAUCAAAUUACUUUUUUCACAACACUCAUUCAGAGUGUCAGACGAGACGAAGGCGAAUUCAAAGCGAUUUUUUCAGACACGAUGAGAAACUAUAUGUACUUUAUGGGGUUUAUGGAGGGUUAGGGUUAUCAUGAAAGCCGUGGUUAACUUCUUAUGUGUGACCGGCGAAGGGAAUUCAGAAUGAAGUAAUACAAACAUGAAGUUGAAAAAAGAAGUGACGGUAACUGUAUUUAACGAAGCCAGCUCCCUCAUAUGAACUCAUGCAUGACCAUUGCUUGACAGAAAGAGUUACAAGAGACUUCAUUGGUGGUGAGUGGGAAAUAUGUGACCUGAAUUACCAAUGCAUUUGCAGCAGGUCAAUUUAGUCAUUCAUCUUUGGAAUACUUGGAAAAUAUCUUCAGACAUCCCCGAUUUUCAUAAAUACUGUCGACAUGAAAUCUUAAAGUCGAGAUCUUAAAACAGGAAUCUAACAGUGGAAGUUGGAUAACCUUCACAUGCUUGACCAGCGGAUUUUUUUUCAGGAAGUUCACAGUUCAGUGUGUACCAGCCGCUGAAAAGAAACUACAACAUAAAAUCAUUUUAGUUUGGAUAAGAGAUGCAGUAUAGUCCUGGUGUCUUUGCAAGUGACUCCACAGUUGCACAUCAGAGUUGACCACCUCUGGAGCGAGAACACAGAGUGACCUAAUGGACCACCAAUUGUUUCUGCCAUCAAUUCUUCAUGUCUGUCUCUCAGAGUGCCUGCUGCAUACACUAUACACAGCUAGAUACCAUACCUUGCAGUGCUCUCACUCUCUCUCCACUGGUCUGAAAAGCUCUGGUUGGAUGAAAGAGUGGAUUGAACAGUCAGUGCUGGAGCAGAUGAAAUUCAGUCCACAGGAAAUAGAACUGAAGACAGCUCAUCAACCUAAAAUAAAUGUAUUAUUAAUGUGCAAUUGGUUUGUUUUCUGUUUUUAACAAGAGCUGCAGUUGAACCACAGGCCCACUCUACUGAGGAGUAACUUCAUUAUAGAUAUCAAAAGUAUUGUUUGUUUCUAUGCUAUGGGCAUGGCUCUAUGUUGGUCAGUCGAUCCACUUUGGAUUGAAAUAUCUCAACAAUUACUGAAUGGA